GUUAAGAUUGAGCAUUCUGCCUAUGUGCCAUUUCUAAUUACUCACCAUCAAGAGGAUGUCCUCCCCGUUCAUGGACCUAGACGGCAGACCUAUCCCCGGAGAGCGACUCCUUGGUUACGGCGGAUCUGGAGUAGUAAUACUUCACGAACAAAUGGCCAUCAAAAUGCCACUUAGAUACCGAAGCAGCCCCGACGACGACGUGGAGGCAAAUAUCGAGGUGAUUCAAAGAGAACAAGACAUCUAUCGGCGCCUAGGACAAUGUGGUGGCGUUGUGCCCUGCACAGGGUUCUCGCCCGCUACCAUCCACCUUGCACUCAUGGCGAAUGGAGAUCUACGCUCUUACCUGAAAACGCACCGGCCCCCAAGAUCCCUCCAGCUCUCGUGGUUCCAAGAGAUGGCUCGUGCUUUGUCCCGUAUCCACACUCAUUCAGUGAUUGUCGCUGACAUCGCCACUCGCAAUUUCCUUCUCCACACAGACCUGUCGGUCAAGUUUUGCGACUUCACCGAAUCGACAAUCCUGGCCCUCCACACUGACAUGGAAACCGUCGAUGACAACGGGUAUUCCAUCCACACGGAUAUCGGACAACUGGGCGUGGUGAUCUACGAGGUCGUGACGGGAGAGCAGUGCGGGUUUGAUCUUUUCAAAGACCUCCCACUGGAUGCGACUCGAGCCAUAUGGCCACGGAGGGAGAACCUUCCCAGGACCGCGGACGUUUGGCUGGGGCCUAUUAUCUAGCAAUGUUGGACCAAGCACGCGUAUAAAAAUGCCAACAGACUAGCAGAGGCACUGGAUUCUAUCGGUGUGGAAGACUGGCAACCCCAGGGAGACGAUCAAAAGGAAGAUCCGCCGGCGAAAAAGACCACCGUAUCCCUGCGGAUGAGCAACAUGCCCGUAGAAUAUCUGGUCAAGUUCACUGUUACACUUGGUGCUGUUGCUUUGUUCGCGAGUUGGGUCUGGAAACGAGGAUGAGUUCUUGAGGAGAUAUUAACCACCCACUGAGAUGUUCUUUGUAAGUCAAUGAAAG